UGAUCGUCUCUCCGUCGGUCUGUCUCUCGCUCUCUUCUCCCCCCCCUCCCCCCCUCUCUCUAUCUGUCGCUCUCUCUCUUAUUCUUUUCGGCCUUCCCUUGUGUGGAGGCUGCGAUUCUGGGCAAUUCAUAGCGGGGACCUGGGAUUUAUUCUAGUCUCAUGGACGUACGGACCCGCUCCGCUGUGACGCUUCACCCGGCCGAUUGGGACGCGAGGACGAUGGUUUUUGCCUGCCGUGCUUUUUCACCGAAAUCGGUCGGAUUGAGACGCGCGUAGAACCCGUCGCCCGACAAUCGGAGGACGCAUUUAGACGCGUGUGAUGAGACAAAGGAACAAAGGAUGCCUUAGAGGAGAGGUUGCCUAUACGCCUGGAAACCUCUUCAAAGCCCCCCACCAAAUGGAUCUAACACCUCCCCCUGCCACCUCUAGAUCAUGAUACUUGGCUGAAGCUGUUCCGCUAUCUUUAUGAUCCCUCCUCCAUCUAUGGCGAACUAUAGCCAUGCAGGGGACCACACCAUCUUGCAGAAUGUCUCUCCUCUCGCCACGUUCCUCAAACUGACCUCUCUGGGUUUCAUCAUUGGAGUCGGUGUGGUCGGAAACCUCCUGAUCUCCAUCCUGCUCGUCAAAGACAAGAGUCUGCACCGAGCGCCCUACUAUUUCCUGCUGGACCUGUGCGCCUCUGACAUCCUGCGCUCUGCCAUUUGCUUCCCCUUUGUCUUCACCUCGGUCAAGAAUGGAUCCGCCUGGACGUAUGGCACGCUGACCUGCAAAGUGAUCGCCUUCCUGGGUGUGCUCUCCUGUUUCCAUACGGCGUUUAUGCUCUUCUGCGUCAGCGUCACGCGCUACCUGGCCAUCGCGCACCACCGCUUCUACACCAAGAGGCUGACCUUCUGGACCUGCCUAGCCGUCAUCUGCAUGGUGUGGACGUUGUCGGUGGCCAUGGCCUUCCCGCCGGUGCUCGACGUGGGGACGUACUCUUUCAUCCGGGAGGAGGACCAGUGCACGUUCCAGCACCGCUCCUUCAGGGCGAAUGAUUCGCUGGGCUUCAUGCUCCUGCUGGCGCUCAUCCUCCUGGCCACGCAGCUGGUUUACCUCAAGCUCAUCUUCUUCGUCCACGACCGUCGGAAGAUGAAGCCCGUCCAGUUUGUGCCUGCCGUCAGCCAGAACUGGACCUUCCACGGGCCUGGCGCCAGCGGGCAGGCGGCGGCCAACUGGCUGGCCGGAUUCGGUCGAGGCCCCACCCCGCCUACCUUGCUGGGCAUCCGGCAGAACAGCAACGCAGCGGGCCGCAGGCGUCUGCUGGUAUUGGAUGAGUUCAAAACAGAGAAGAGGAUUAGCAGGAUGUUCUACAUCAUGACGUUUUUCUUUCUGGCGCUAUGGGGGCCCUACCUGGUCGCCUGCUACUGGCGGGUGUUUGCAAGGGGCCCCGUGGUCCCCGGAGGCUACCUGACGGCCGCCGUGUGGAUGAGCUUUGCCCAGGCCGGGGUCAAUCCUUUCAUCUGCAUCUUCUCCAACAGGGAGCUUCGGCGCUGCUUCAGCACCACACUCCUCUACUGCAGAAAAUCCAGGUUACCAAGGGAACCCUACUGCGUUAUAUGAGGGUUUUGCUGUGGGGGGGGGGGGGGGGGGGUUUCUCUCCUCUGUCUCUAUUUGCCUGAUUGAUCUUGAUCUGGGCUCGUUUCCCGUUGUACAGCGCGCUCUCUCUUCUAUCUCUCUUCUCUUCAUCUUCCGGUUUUCCUGCUGUUCCUCCUUCUCCUAAUCCUUGUUUUCAGAGGCAGAAGGUGGACGGUCAAUCACGAGGCUCUGCCAGGUUGAUCGAAUAUAUGAAGCGUGUCAAACAAGGAGGCUGAAGGGAAUGGGAUUACGCAGGAGGUCUGGAUCUCCUCCUGUGUUUAUGUUCUAGUAAACAGACAUUUUGGAAGGCCAUGCCAAUGCAGAGAAGCAAAAAGUUGAAAAACAGGAGGAAGAGAAUGGGCAAAACUCUAAAAACAAAAACUUUUGCUUUGGAUAUUUUGAAUAUGCGUUAUUCUGUGAGGUGUGAAAUACAUAAACAUGAAAAUUAAAAGAAAAAAGAUUUUAAAAAAAGCAAAGAAAUGAUACCUCUCAAGGAAUCACUGGAAAUGUUUUACAUUUUACGAGUUGCACUAAAAAGAAGAUGUAAAGAUGCUUUUUUUUCUGUCAACAGUUGCCAGUUGCAUUGCAAGGACAACUUUUCUUUUUGUUCUUUUUUUUUUCCAAACGAAACAAUGAAUGCUUUAAUUUGCAACAGACUACACAAUCGCUGUAAGUAAAGCAAAACUCGGUGACUGUUGGAAUACACCAUCACAAGAGGAUAAAAUGGUUUUGUUGAAAGAUAUAUAUCCUUUUUCAUUUACUGGGUACGGGCUUAACAAUGGGGAUUUACAAUGUGUGGUUUUGAAGUUGCAAUUUAAAACUAGAAAAUAUUUCUUGUAGUUUUAUGCUCCAUAUGUCCCAAGUGUCUGGCAUUGUUAUUUUCUUAUCACAUUUUACAAAAAAAUCGGGGGGGAAAUAAAGAUGGUGUUUGGAUUCUGAAAAAAUAAAAAUAAAAAAGUGUGCUUAAAAAAGAUUUUGAAGAAGUAGUUAAAUGUUUCAUCAUAUUCAUGUACCUAAUCACUAUCAUAUUGUUACAGUAUUGCUGAUGCCACUCCCGGUGUUCUUGCCUUAAUGGUUCUGAUAUCGUCAUGUUUCUUGGUUGUCAGGUUAUUUCUUUCUUUCUUUUGAUCACUCCUAAAAAGCCUUUUGCUUUUCAGAUGCAAGGGGAAGUUAUUUUUCCUUCUUUUCAUUUUCACAUCAAUGUGAAGUGCAUGUCCAUUUUUUUAAAAGCUGGUCCACCCCCAUGAGCAUCACAGGCCAUACACUAAGCAGCCCAUUCUUAUUCUGCGAUGGUUUGCUCCACCCCACAGAGUGCUCAGAGCACAGGGAGUGUGUGUGCUCGUACGCGUGUGCGUGCGUGUGUGUGUCACUCAGUGCAUGUGUGUGCGUUGCAGAGCGUUUGUGCCGCGUGGAUCAAACAACAGUCACUUCAAGACCAGAGCCUUAGUAUGAAAUCUUGCACAAUUUGUACAAAAUGUUUAAAAAAGAAAAACAACAACAAAAAACAAACAAAGACAUUUGAGGCACACCGUCUUGUUUCUACUUUCCCUACAUUUGCUCUCUACUGAUUGUUUUCGAUGACUUACUUUUUUUCUCUUGUGGCCAUUUUAAUAUUUAUUAUGUAUUCUUUUUUGUAUAAUAUAGAUAGAUCGUGUGUAAGUAUGUGAGUCUUUCAGUUCGAAGUCCCGAAUGUGAGUACAGUUUCGGUUAGGAUUGCAUUUGCUGAAAGUUAACUGUGUAAUCUGUUGCUUUUUGAAAAUAAAAAGUUUCCAUUUUACAACA